GGCGGUCGGCGGGCCUGUGUUGCUCACAUGGCCAGCGCUUUCCCCUAUUCCCUUUUCCCCAGUUUCUACAGCCCGGGCCCCAUCGCUGCGCAGAGGCAAGAGCUUGGAUCCUGCGGAAAAUAUGAACAUGUACAGCCGUUCGUGGUGGAGACUGGCGACCAGCAGGUAUCAGAAUUGAAAUGGUCAGCCUUAAGAUGUUUGAAACGAGAGAACUGGGAACCAUUGGAACCAGUUCCAAUUCCACUACUUCCAGCCAAAACAGGGUGCAAAUUCCGUCCAGUAAGCCUAGAAGAGCUGACUUACACUGGGAGGAUAAUAACAGGUGAAAAAACAGAAGCAAUGACAAUGGGUCCACUUAAUUUCACAGAGCAGAUGGCUAACUUCUUCCUUGAUCAUUCUAAUGAUGCCUUCAGCUCAAUGGGCAAGCUGCUGGAAGAGCACUUUUACUUUGGAGAAUCUGUUCUCAGGGGAAAUGCAAGGAAGACGGCAGUAAAUGUAAACCAUUUGAGAGUAUUCACAGAGCGUGUAAAAAAGAGAGGAUGCCCUCUUUCUAGUGCGAGCAAACAUGCGAGACUUUUGAAUCUGUUGCUGCGGGAGUCUAUUUUUGACAUUCCACCAGACUUACUGGCAGAAAAUAUUCAUGAAGAAAUGAAGAUUCAAAGGAACAAACUUCUGUUUGAUCACUCUGCCACUGGAGGAGCUCUGGUAUAUUGCCCCUUUUCCAAAGGGGCCAAUUCUGAAGAUGGAUGUUUGAUCUAUCCGGGCAGCAACUCCAUGAACUUGCUGAAUUUCCAUAAAGUUGCACUGAGUUAUGAUCAAGAUAAAAUGCCAAAAUUGAACGUGAAAUUUAAGCCAGUGAAAUUUGAACUGAAGGGCAGAAUUCACCAAAUCAAUGCUAGUGCUUUGGAGGAAGAAGUUUUUGUAGGGGUUCGCUCUGACUACCAUUGUGGAGCAUGGAAGCUCUCCAAUGAAAUAAAUCCAGCUGCCUUACAAGUGGUUCAGACAGAAAAAGUGGCUACAUGCAUUAAUGUCAGCCCUCAUGUGCCUGGAGAGCUGGUAAUUGCCAGUGAGUGUGGAGCUGCCUAUCUUUGGGUCCUGGACAAAGGCCUUCAGAAAAUAAGAAAGGAAACAGAGAACCUCUACUUCAAUGCUCAGUUACCAUGGAGGUGGUGUGACUUCACAGCUCACCCACGGGUGUAUAUGUAUGCUGAUAGAACUGGACUGGACUUAACUGAUGUGAGGGCAGGUGAAAGCUAUAACCAAACCCUGUUUAAGAUAGGAGCUGCUGCUGACUGCCAAAAAGGUGAACGUGUGAUUCUUCCCAAACACCUACGGGAUGUAAAUCCAUACCAUCACCUAAUUACAACACAGUAUUCUGUUUACAUUGUUGAUGAACGAUUCUCUACUGUACCUGUUCUAAAAUGGGACCACACCUUGGACUCACCACCAAUGUUUGUACAAAUUGCCAAUGGGGCAGUAAGGAACAGAACAAACAAGAUUGUUUUGGGAACUCAACGGACUCAGGAGGUGUUACUUCUGCAGUAUUCAGGUGGGACACAGAUGCCUUGCCAAUCAUUUGGGCCUCCACAGAAACUCUCCACUAUUUAUGAUAUAAUGCAACACCUGCCAGUCAGGAGACCUCACUUACAUGAAAUGGUUGCUGAGAGACUGCACUCUGCUGGGGCAGGACUUGCGACACUUUACCACACUCGUGGCAAAAAGACACUGUCAGUGUUUCAGCUAUCUGCAGCAGGAGACCUAUUUUACCAGACACUCAUCCCUCAGAACUUGUCUGCUAAUGGGAAAAGGACUUUGAAAGAGUCAGGAACGAUAGCUGAAAGUGAACAUGAACCAAACAGCGCUACUGUGGGUGAAAGGGUACAGUCAGUAAACUGUGGUACAGAACCAAGUCAUGAUGAAGCACAAGAUUUAAUACCAGGUGGAAGUGAAAGGCAGGAAGAAGCCUCUUCACUGAGGGCAGUAGACAAACCGAGAUUCCAGUCAUCGAUCAAGCAGAGUACUAAAACACCUUUAACACCCAGUUCUGCUACUCUUGUCAUGUGUAGAAGGUGGAUGAACUCAUUCUUAAAAAAGCAACAGAAAUUUCGAAAUGGUUGUGAAGAGCCACAGAAGCAUUCUGUCAUCAGUACAAAGCGCCUGUUCUCACAUAAAACAUUUUUGAACGAUAAUGAAUUAAAUGACACAUACAAAGAAAUGUGGAAUAAAAUGAAAGUGGUUAUGCAAAGAAAGCAAGUGCUUUGCCAAAAUACUUUUCCAAUACUUGAUCCUGUGAGUGUUCCAGAUGUUGUGGAUCCCUCAGUGUGGAGGGAUGAAUUGAGUGAAAGACUUACAGCAUCAUGGGAGGGUAAGUGGAAUGACUGGUGGGCAGAAAAAUUAGAUGUAAACCGGGACAAAAAGGUCCGAGCUUUGCGAGCAAGAAGACGACUGGAAAAGUUAUCUCGAGCAGGACGACGCAGAGAACUGUCAGGGAGCUUCACAUCCUCAGUGUCUAAUUUGUCAGACUUCAGUGAUUUUUCAGGUUGGAGUAGGUCUUCUGUGCUGGAUUCAGAACAAAGUGACUAUUUAUCUGGUGCAGAGAGUAAUGUUCUGUCUAAAAAAUCUCUAGAAGUAUCAAAUCAGAUAGUUAAUGAAAAUUUUGGACAAGAAGUGGAUCUUCAAUCCAGUGUGUCUGUAGUAGAACAAAAUCAACCACCAACACCCACAUUUCCACAAGAAAGGCAACUGGUCAGUAUUCCUAAGGAAAGAAAGAGAAUUCUUCAAAAUUACUUAGCUGCACUAGAAGAUCUUCCACCCCAAUCUGCUCAAGGAGAUGAUGGAAUAGAUGGGUCAUUACCGUUAGCUAUCUCUACACAAUUGUCACAUGUUGGUUCUUUACAAAUGGCAUCCACUAGUGAAAUGUCCUUCCUUCCAAUGCUUCGAAGUCAGCCUGGAUCAUCUCAGCCAAAAAGGAAAAGAGCCAGAAUGGGAUUUUAGAAACAUUGUGAUAUGUUGAAGUCUGCAACGCAUUUGAAACAAAUAUUUAUUUAAAUCAAUCAUUUAUUUUGUGAAACAAUUCUUGUGGGAUUUUUAGAAAUUUCCACCAUAAUGCUGCUGAUGUUUUAUCUUCAUACUGGUUACUUUACACUCAAAGAACAUUUAUGACUUAAAAAAAAGAUAAAGUUGAUUCAACAAUUUUUGUCUUGCAGACAAUUGUGUUUCCUUCUGGGCCAAAAUUAUAACUAAAUUGUGAUUUGAAUGUUUUUAUAAAAUAUGAAAUAUGUAUGCAAGUGCAAACUUUUUCUCUCCCUGCAUUUUUAAAAAGAACUUAUUUGCAAUAAAACUAUUUAAUAAUU